GUUAUGAUUAUCAUCACGGGAGCACACAAAGCAUUUGCUUUAUAUAAAGCCAUAGAAGAAGGUGUGAAUCACAUGUGGACGGUGUCAGCAUUCCAACAGCACCCGCAAACCAUUUUCGUUUGUGACGAAGACGCCACUCUGGAGCUGCGGGUUAAGACUGUGAAGUACUUCAAAGGAAUGAUGCAUGUGCACAACAGGCUGGUGGAGCUCCUUCCUUCUGAGAACAAGAAGAACUGAUGAGAUUGUUAUAUCACACUUCACAAUUCAUGAAGCAUUUAUCAGGAAAACACUCCAAUGGUUGCCUUUAACUCCUGCAUAUUCUAAUGGAAACUAAUUACUUAUUUGAUUCAAUAAUACUUUAUUAACCCUAAAGGGAAAUUAAAUGUUGUAACUCAUAUUAUCCUGGUUGAUUUAAAGAGUUAUUACAUAUACUGACAGCUGUGGGCAUGAAAGAUCUCCUGUAGCGGUCCGUCUUACAGCAGCUCUGAAGAAGCCUUGACAGAAGACACUCUGUUGUAGUAUGACAGUCUGAUGAAGAGGAUUCUCAGGGUUGUCCAUCGUAUUGUCAGAAAGCCUGACAGGGAGAUGCCAGAGUCAGGGAUAUAAUCCUGCAGCCAUGUCUCAGUGAAACACAUUAUACUGCAUUCCUGAUACUUUGGCUGGGUUCUUGUUAAGGCUUGGAGUUCGUCCAACUUGUUCCUCAAUGAUUUCACAUUGCCUGUCAUGAUCGAUGGAAGAGAUAGUUUAAACUUCCUCCUUCUCUAACAUUGCCUGUCAUGAUUGAUGGAAGAGAUGGUUCUUCCUCCUUCUCUCUAUCUCAUUUGCUCCUGCUCUGCAUCCACGGUGCCUCCUUUUCAACUCGUCUGGGAUUCGUAGUAGUUGAAGUAUUAAUUGAGAGGUUUUUAUUCAGAAAAGGUGGAAUUAAAAAAGUUUUAAAAGAAUAUCUCAGAAUGUAACAAAGCUACUCCCACAUCCAUCUUGAGCGGCGCAAUAAUUCGUAAUACAUUAGUUAUCUACUAAUUAGUUUAAAUUAGUUACUGGAACACAGUAGGCGUUUUUAUUUGUACAUGUUCACACAGCCUUCUUUUUCCUGUAACCUUUUUUUUWAAAUAAAGUUUGAUUUUCACAGUUA